AAUCCUUUAAGCCAGCAGUAAUUGUUCCUCCUGUCAGCUGGCUAAAUGACUUGUAUCUGGAGGAGAUGCUCCGAAUGAAUCAGAAUGCCCGAGGUGACAGAAACACAGAGCAUUCCAAAGUGGGUUCUAGCAGAGUUUUUGGAUCAAGAGGAGACAUAUGUGGAUGUCAGAAAUGUGUGCAUCAUCCAGAGAUCCCGGACGUGAAGAUGGGUUGGUAACUGGAUGUGAUUCUGAGUUGUCUAUCUUUGAAGUAUUGCGCAGCGGUGCACGGCGAUCAAGUACCACUUUUCUCAGCCAAUCCGCUUACGAAACAUUCCUUUCAAUUUAACGAAGACAAUACAGCAAGAUGAAUGGCAUCUGCUUCAUUUGAGAAGAAUCACGGCCGGCUUCCUGGGCAUGGCCGUGGCCGUCCUGCUCUGCGGCUGCAUCGUGGCCACGGUCAGUUUCUUCUGGGAGGAGAGCCUGACCCAGCACGUGGCCGGCCUCCUGUUCCUCAUGACAGGAAUAUUUUGCACCAUUUCCCUCUGCACUUACGCUGCCAGCAUCUCCUAUGACUUGCACCGCCUCCCGAAGCUCAUUUACAGCCUGCCCGAUGAUGUGGAACACGGCUACAGCUGGUCUAUCUUUUGCGCCUGGUGCAGUUUAGGCUUCAUUGUGGCAGCUGGAGGUCUCUGCAUCGCUUACCCAUUUAUUAGCCAGACCAAGAUUGCACAGCUAAAGUCUGGCAGGGACUCCACGGUAUGACUGUCCACACUCAAGUUCACUGCUCGGUGGCCCGUCCACAGUGCAGACGACUCCUGAAGGGAACGGAGUGGAGUUUGCAUCAGGAUCCCAAGCACAAAACCGUCUUUCACAUUCCAACCUGUUGCCUGCCAGCCGUUUCUGGAUGACCGAUAUAAAGUCAUGCAAAACCUCCCCACCUUCCUAAGGACAAGACUACUGUGGGUUCAAGUGCUUUAAUGACUACGUAUGCUUUGACUGUGAGGAAUAGGGAGCCAGUGCCAUGGGACACUUCUAGGUUUUAGACAAAGAGGAGGUGGCAGUGGGAGAAUGUGUCUGAUUGCCACUUAUUGCAGAAAGUUUGUAUAUAACAAUUACCUGAGAGUCAUUUCUAUUUGCAAAGGGAUUCGUAACAAAGCAAGUAUCAUUUCCUUGUCCUCGGACCAUGCUUGUUAAAUUUUCGUACAGCAUCUUCAGAACUUGUCCUGAUGGUGUCUCGUUGUGUCAGCACCAAAUGUCUGUGGAUGUUCCUUGUCACAGGAGGAUUCUUCUUCUGUUGCCUUAUUUAUUUUUUAAUUGAAGUCUCUUCUCAGUCUUUGUACUGGAAUCAAAACCAUAAGGAAAACAGAUCAGCUGUGUAAGAGCUAUUCCGUGACACUAUGCAGUAUUGUUUGAAGUCCUAUCUGUUGUCCACCCGCGGUCUCUUUCCGUUAACUGAUUUCUGCAUUAAAUGACUGCCCCCUUGUUAA